AUGGGUCGCACAAAGGAACCCAAAAAUACGAACGGCAACAGCGGUGACGAUAGCGACACCGAGGAAGAGUACGUGGUCGAAAAAGUUGUGGACCGUCGCGAAAAGAAGGGAAAGGUGGAGUACCUUCUGAAAUGGAAGGGCUAUGACUCGAGCUGCAACUCCUGGGAGCCGCGCGAAAACCUGGAUUGUCCGGAGCUGAUCAAAGCGUUCGAACAGUCACGCACGGAUGCGAAAAAAGAUGCCGCCAAAAAGCGGACGUCCAAGAAGAAGAAGUCCGGCGGCGAUUCGGAUAACGAAAAUGACGGUUCCGAUGACGACGGACGCGAUGACACCGCUUCAACGAAAUCAAACAAAUCGAAAACCAUAGACGAUGAUGGAAAGCAGACGGAAAAUGAACAGGUCGAGGAUAUGAACGGGUUCGAGAAGGGCUAUGUCCCGGAAAAGAUCCUCGGCGCCACGGAAGGCGAUAAUGAGCUGCUGUUCCUGAUUCAAUGGAAGGACAAGGAUAGAGCGCAGCUGGUAAAGUCCAAAGAGGCCAGGAAGCACUGUCCACAGUUGGUAAUAGAUUUUUACGAGGAGCGUCUAAUCUGGCAGACGGUCGAUCAAUCGCAAGGUGAUUAA